CAUGUUACCUUUCCCCCCCCCCAUCCUCAUUUCCGGUGCCUCGUGCACACGCUUUCAACAGUCAGCCCGAGCGCCGUUAACGUUCGGGUGGCGGCAGCGACAGCUUGUGGUUGUUGCUGUCGCUUCAACACCAGCCGCCCGGCUGUGUUUCUUUCGGUCUGCGGAGGGGUAGGGGAAAUGGAUUGAAGGACGCCUGUCCUAGGUGUAGGGGAGAUAAGGAAAGUGUGGAGGCGGCGGCGGCCGUGGUCGUGUUAAUGUCCGGGCCCGUGGAAGUGCCGGCUCCCGGCGGCGGCCAGGCCCAGCCUGUCAGCGAGGGGGACCAUGUGGUGCUGAAAAGAGAAGAGGUGUUUAAAGCCGUGCAAGUGCACAGAGGAAGAAAAAUCACCUUUGAGAAACAGUGGUUUUACUUGGACAAUGCAAUUGGACAGCAGUAUGGUACCACUUUUGAGGUUUCCAGUGGAGGAGUACUCCAGCCACUUAAAGUAAAAACUAAAGAAAUUGCCAAAGAAGCAAAUGAAGCUGGUAUUGAUAACCGAAACAUAAUUGAUGAUGGCAAGUCCCAAAAGCUCAGCAGAGAUGAUAUUGAGGCACUUAAAGAGCAAGGAUUAAAAGGUCAGGAUAUUGUCCAACAUUUAGUAGAGAAUAGCACAACAUUUAGAGACAAAACUGGAUUUGCUCAAGAAAAGUACAUCAAGAAGAAAAAGAAAAAGUAUGAAGCAUUUAUAACUAUUCUAAAGCCUACCACUCGCAUAAUGGCCAUGAUGUAUCAUUCCCGUGAGCCAGGUAAAAUUUGCUAUUUAAGGUAUGACACGCUGGCUCAGAUGUUAACUCUUGGGAACAUCCAUGCAGGCUCCAAAGUAAUUGUAGCAGAAACCUGUGCUGGUCUGGUGCUUGGUGCUGUAAUGGAGAGAUUGGGAGGUUUUGGUUCCGUUAUCCACGUGUAUCCAGGUAGCUUGCCUGUCAGGGCAGCGAUGGAGAAUUUUGGCUUUCCAAAAUCCUUCUAUAACCAUCUAUUUGAUUUUCCUAUCAACAAAUUGAACAGUCUUCUUUCUGGAGGUUUUUCAGCUGAGAAGGAAACACUGCAAAAACAAACUGAAGUUAUGAUGGAAGAAGGUAAUGGGAGCCCACUGAACACCUACCAGGGUGAUGGGAUGCCUUGUGGUGAGACUGUGAUGGAUAACAACCAAUCUGAGGAAACUAAGCCCAUGGAUGUUGCUUGUGAGGAGGCUGAAAAUAAAGAAAAAAAUACAGACAGAAAGUCCAACCAGGUUGAAGAGAGGAAGAGUAAGCAAGAAGAUCGGCUGAAGAAAUUACAGACCGCUGCAGCUGUGCUUCAGGAAAGAAAUGCAGAUGGGUUAAUUAUUGCAAGUCGCCUGUACCCCAGCCCCUUAUUACUUUGUCUUUUGGAGUUUGUGGCACCAUCUAGACCGUUUGUCAUCUACUGCCAGUACAAAGAGCCUUUGCUUGUGUGCUAUUCAAAUUUACGAGAAAGGGGUGGAGUUGUCAACCUGAGGUUAUCUGAAACAUGGCUGAGAGGCUACCAGGUUUUGCCAAACCGGACUCAUCCCAAGCUGACAAUGAGUGGAGGCGGUGGCUACAUCCUGACCGGUAUUACUGUUGCUAUGGACAGAACAAAAUCAGUUGCCAAUAUUUCUAAUUCUCAGAGGGCUGAAGAACGUCCGGCCAAAAGACAAAAAAUUGAGGAAUCCAAAAGUUAGCCUUCCUCCAAGUACUGUAGCUAAUCCUGAAACUGAUUAUUGGAGCUCAUUGUGGAGCUGAUUGUAAAGCUCAAACUGCAAGUUUCUACAGACUGCUAUAUGUUUAUUUUCUUAUCAAUGGUAUUUGUGCCAUUUGGAAUUUUCUGCUAUGAUGUGGAGCAUCAGCAAAAGUGAUUUUGCAUCUGUGAUGUAGGUGCUCUCCAUGCACAGACAAGUAUUGCUAUGUACCAGUGUACAAUGUUUCUUUAUAUCCCCAAUUCUGCAAAAAGUAAAAGAAAUGAAAUUAAGUAUUUUUUUGAAAAAUGUGUUCAUGCUGCAAUUACAUACAAGAAAAGUUUUUAGUUUGAAAGUUGUAAAACUCUCCUUGAAUAUUUGUUCCAGGCAACCUCGGCCUGUCAAGGGACUCUAACUUCACAAAAUGAAGGUCCUAAUUAAUUAGGAAUUGUGACCAGCUGUAAAAUACAUUUUUUUUUCCCACAGUUUCAUUCAUAUCAAGUUAUGGAAACUAACUUCAUGCACUGAAGUACUUUUCUUGAUGGAUUUAGCUAUUUUAAAUUGAUUUUAUUUAUAAUUUGUACAGUGGUUUUCAUUGCUAGUUUAUCUAUAUUGAAAGUGUCACAUCACUGGAAUCAACUAUGAAAAAAUUGAGUUAUCUGAAAUAAAUCCAUUUAAUCAAGCUUA